CAUGCUGUUCAGUGUGAGAGCUGACAAUCUCUAGUCACUGCAGGUCAGCAACUAAAGAAGAAAAAUAGCGUUUUUUGUUUUGAUAAGAAGGCAGCACUGGAAGAUAACUGUUUGACUUUCUGUUUCUCAGAAGAGAAAUGGCACAACAAGGAAAUCAAUCGGGACAAUGUUCAAUCUGUUUCAACACAGCAAAUGAUCCGGUGACAACAUCUUGUGAGCAUAGCUACUGCACUAGCUGCAUUAGAGGCUUCAGUGAGGAAGAGAAUCAGAGGGAAAACUACAGCUGUCCUAAGUGCAGAGAAGUCUUUGUACCAGGGCCUGUCCUGGAGAAAAACACAGAUUUACUGGAGCAGCUGAAUGAGGCAGGAUGUGGAGUUUCUUCAGGACCAGCAGAUAUGACCUACGAUAGGAAGUCUGAUGCCAGAGACAAUCAGGAGAGUCUUAUUGAGGAUCGCGCUAAAAUGUUUGCAGAGACUAACACUUCACUGCAAGAAGAGGAGCCAAAAACCAGAGCUGAAUUCUUAAAAUAUUCCUGUAAAAUAACCCUGGAUCCAAACACAGUAAACAGCGGCCUGUUAUUAUCUGAAGGGAACAGAAAAGCAACGAAAAUGGAAGAAGAUCAAGUGUAUCCAAGUCAUCCUGACAGGUUUGUGUACGGGCGUCAGGUCAUGAGUAAAGAGAGUCUCAGUGGACGUCAUUACUUCGAGGUGGAGAGAAGCGGGGGAUCUCUUUCCAUCGCCGUCUCGUACAAGGACAUAAGCAGAACAGGAACUGAGAGUAUUUUUGGAUUCAAUGAAGGGUCUUGGGCUUUAGAUUGUGUUGAUGGUCGUUUCAUAGUCAGACAUGUGUACAUCACAGCUGCAAAACCCCACCUUAUGUCCUCUAGAGUGGGGGUGUACCUGGAUCACAGUGCAGGUAUUCUGUCCUUCUACGAUGUUUACAAUACAAUGACUCUCCUCCACAGAGUGCAAACCACAUUCACUCAGCCCCUGCAUGUUGGACUUUGGGUUUUUGGUAUCAAAACUGUUGCUUUAAUGUGCUAUGAGCUUCAAGAUGACCAAGACAACUAAACUUUAACAUGGGAUUUACUUAUUAGGGUUGUCACGACAGCAGAUUUUUAAACAUCAAUGUAUGAUAGUAAAAAUCAAACCGUAUCAACAUCUGUUUGGAUACAACUUAAACAAAAAUAGAAUUACAAGGCUUCCAGUAUUGGGUGAUUUAAGCUGUUAAUUACCAAAGAUUACCUUUUUAAAUUUACUCGGUGUGACAGGCCAAACCAUUUUAGCAUGGAGGGAAAUUUAAACUAUUUUUGACCACUAUGUCAAGGGACAUUAGGGAAAUAAAAAAGGGACUUUGUGUUUAGAUCUGACUCAAACAAUUUAAAUUUUAAUAAAAAAGUAAAUUUUGACAUUUUAUUCCAGUAUUCUGGAAUACUUCAGAUUUUUUUUAUGAUUGCGCUAUUUCUGCUCCUUUGAUUUAAGAUGGAAUUAUUUAUCUUAAGAGGUGUCCAAGUCCAACCAGUGACCAGCAGAUGGCAGCAUAACAACAGUUGGAAGACUCACGGCGGUGACUUGAUUAAAAGCUUCAAUAUUUUUCCUCAAUACCCAGAAUACCCACAAAACAUGGAAAAGAUCAAAUUCAAAAUAUGGAAUCGUAUAUGUUUACAUGUUAAUGUGUAUGGUGAUAUGUGGGGGGAUUUGAAAAUCUUUUCAUUUGCCAAAGGGGGGCCCUGCAGAAAACGUUUGGGAACCACUGGCUUUGGCUUCCACAACAAAUACAGAAAAUUCCAACAAGACUUCCUUGAAUAACAUUUCACAAUUAAAGUUACUCAAACAUACCUUACAAAGGUCUGAAAAUUGUAAUUUGUUGUGUAAUAUGUGGUUCAUUUGUGUACUCAUACUGCCACAUGUGAAAGAAUCUCUAUUUACAGUAUUUAAUGUGUGUUUCUAAUUGAAUGCUGACGAUAUGGAGUGUCUUUGUUUACCUGGUGGAUUUAUCGUUUGAUUUUUAAAUUGGACACAUUUUGUCCUGUGCUCAGGUGAUAUGGUAUUUUAUAAAAGGGAAACAAAUCUAUUAAAAAAUGUAAU